AUGCAAGUGCACGAACGUCAUUCGACGGUCGAUCGCACGCCGGAGAGGAUGAAACCUUCACUCGUCUCCUUCGUCGCCCUCUUCCCCCUUUUAUCCUGUUUUUUCCUUCCGUCGUCUUCCGUUUCCUCGUCGGUGUAUCUCGAGGUGAAGUCCCUUCUUCCGGAUGGGGAAGUGCAGCUUCUCGUGCAUCACAAGGGGAUUCGGGCCAGGUCUACCGCAGAUGGGCACGGACUGGAAGUGGGUGAGGUCUCCAAGGGACCGACGGUGAUUCGAGCCAUCUUCUACGAGGGCAACAUGACCGACUGCGAGGUGAUCAAGAACGGAGAGGAAAGCCGACGAUUCCGCGAGGACUGGGAGGAAUCUCGGAACGCCUCGGCGACCGCGUCCCUCACCCAUCGCUUCACCGGGAAGUCCCAGCUGGAUCGGAGCCUCCGACGCCUCCUGCGCGUUCGGGGACUCGCCAAGGAGUGCAGCCUUCUUCACGGCAACAUCUUGGAGAAAUAUCUGGACGGCGGUGACGAGAGGAGACGGAGGAAAAGGGAGACGUUGGAAUUGACUCGGGUCCCAGGGACGGUCUGGUGCGGGAAGGGGAACCGAGCCAGGGACGCCAACCACAUCGGAGGGACGCCAGAUGUUUGCUGUCGUACCCACGACGCCUGUCCUUAUUCCGUUCUAUCCUUUGAUACCGAGUACGGUCUCUACAAUUUCCGACCCUACACAAUCAGUCACUGCGACUGUGACGAAAGAUUCCGGACCUGCCUGAAGAUGAUCGGCUCGGAGACGGCGAAUCUUAUCGGGAAGCUCUACUUCAACACCCUCGAGAUGCGCUGCUUCAAGUUCAGGGUGGAGAUGCAGUGCUCCAAGAGAUCUUGGUGGGGCAAAUGUCUGGAGGAGAAGAAACAAAAAGUAGCCUUCUGGGAUAACUCAGCCACCUACUGAAUGCGAGGACGUGCCAUCUUUCCUUUUCGUGCCCCAUUCAUCCUCUGUGAGGUAUUCACGAUUGCUCCUCUACCACAAACCCGGUGACAUCGUCUACCACACUCAUAGACGAACAUAGGAAUAAAGUUUUCUUACUUAUAUCACAGACA